AUGGCGCCCCGCAAACGCAAAGCGACCAAGAGCGAGAGUCCUGACCCCGACGCGACCCGUGAUGCCGGAGCGACACAACACGUCGAUAAGAAAGAGCGACUCGUUGACCUACGGUCUCCGCACCCGAAUGCGAAACAAACCGAAGAUUUUGGCAUCGUACUGAGCGACUUCUAUCCUCCGGAAAUGGCAAAUGAGCGGUGCCAGGCUUACAACGACGGAACCCUCGAACGACCGAUUGAAACUCUGGAGAAAGCAUGUCGCGAUACCGCAGACCACCGUCGCUCUAUAGAACCAGGCCAAGCCGUGGUGCACUGGUUCAAGAGUGAUCUGCGCCUACAUGAUAAUCGGGCGUUACACAUGGCCUCUGACCUGGCCAAGGAGAAUCAGAUCCCCUUGAUUUGUCUCUACAUUCAAUCUCCUGAAGAUCUGACUGCUCAUAUUGCCAGCCCGGCUCGAGUAGAUUUCACUCUGCGCACUUUGCAACGUCUUCAACAAGAUCUCGCUGAACUGGAUAUCCCCCUCUACAUGGAGACCGUGGAGAAGCGCAAAGCGAUACCGGCCCGCAUUGUGGAAUUGUGCCAACAGUGGGAGGCAAAGCACAUCUGCGCAAAUAUCGAGUAUGAAGUGGACGAACUGCGCCGGGAUGCGAAGAUCGUGCAUCUAUGUGCGAAAAAUGAUAUCGAUUUCACGCCCUCUCAUGACAACUGCGUGGUCACACCGGGUGCUUUGAGCACCCAGCAAGGCAAGCAAUACGCGGUCUACACGCCCUGGUUCCGGACAUGGCUGGCUUUCCUAAAGGAGAAUCCAGAUUAUUUGGAGUUGUCAGAGGAGCCUGGGUCGAAUCCCGGUAAUACGCGGCAGAAGCUGUCCGACCUCUUCGAUUGCAAGGUGCCAAUCGCACCCGAGAACAAGAAGCUGUCCGAAAAGGAGCGGAAACGCUUUGAAGAACUCUAUCCCGCCGGUGAGCACGAGGCUUUCCAGCGGCUAGAGAAGUUUUUGGAAGAAAAAGGCCGUAAAUAUGAGGAGAUGCGCAGCGUUCUGCCUGGCAAGCACACCUCGAUCCUCAGUCCAUACUUCGCUUCGGGGGCUCUCAGCGCUCGCACUGCAGUAUUGACCGCAAAGCGAGCAAACAAGAACCACCUGGAUCGAUAUGACGCGGGCUACAUGACCUGGAUCAGCGAGGUCGCCUGGCGGGACUUUUACAAGCAUGUGUUGGCUCACUGGCCUUUUAUUUGCAUGAAUAAAUGUUUCAAACCAGAAUGUACAAACAUUGAAUGGGAAUAUGAUGUUGAUCAGUUCCAGGCCUGGUGUGAUGGCAAAACUGGGUUUCCCAUUGUAGACGCCGCGAUGCGACAACUCCGCCACUGUGCAUGGAUGCACAACCGAACAAGGAUGGUGGUGUCCUCCUUCUUGUCCAAGGAUCUAUUGCUUGACUGGCGCCGAGGAGAGCGAUAUUUCAUGGAGAACCUGAUUGAUGGUGACUUUGCUUCUAACCACGGCGGUUGGGGAUUUGGCUCUAGCACAGGUGUUGAUCCGCAACCAUAUUUUCGAAUUUUCAAUCCCCUGCGCCAAAGCGAGCGGUUUGACCCUGAUGGAGAGUACAUUCGACACUGGGUCCCGGAACUGAAGGACGUGGAGGGCAAAGCGAUUCAUGAUCCAUAUGGACGAGGAGCCGAGGCAAUUGCUACCAAGAAUGGUUAUCCCCGUCCUAUUGUGGAUCAUGCCGAGUGUCGGGAUCGGGCUUUAACGCGCUACAAGGCAGCGCUGCAGAAGUAA